AUGGUCAGCAUGAGAGACACCAAGCCGCAUCUGCAGUUCAGAUCAGAACGACAUGCCGAGUGUCUCCCAUGCAUCGGCUCCAUCCGGACAUCGCACAAGACCAUUCAAACUUCGGAGCAGCGAGGGGCGUACGCCAAAAAGCUUGCGGAGUGUGAGUCUUCGUACGAGGAGCACAUGAACGAGGUCGCGGACUAUGAGCAGAAGAUGCAAAAGCCGGUAAGCGGCUCUGCGAGCCGCAAGCGCAAGUGCAAGAAGGGCGAAGAAGAUCUCCCGGAGCUGCAUGAUGAGAAGCCCACCCAGCUGAACAUGGCUCAAGAAACCGGACUUGAGGCUCGACAACUCUUGGGGAUUUUGUGGCCGACCAAGAUCUACAAAGACGUCACCAAAAAGGUCCCGACAGAGGAUCAGCUGACCAAAAUGGUAAUUGGCACGUAUGAGGUCACGGAUUUCAAGAAGGCGGUGGGAAGCCAGUUGAUACAGGCGGCCUCGAGUGAAGAUGCCAUCGGGAACGAGAUGGCGGAGACCUGGACGCACAUGAAAGACCUGCUCAAGGUGAACACAACCACGGUGGAGAAGGACGGCGAGUCGACCAUGGUCUUGGAGGCCGGCACGAAACGGAAGCUGGCCGCUGAUGACUUUGACGACUUGCUCGAUUUUGCGCCGGACGUCUCCCAUGGCACCGAAGGACCGGCAUUCACACGUUCACGUGGCGGCCAAGGCCAAGGGCAAGGUGAUUCGGCUCGUGCGGGACCCAUCUCCAAACAGAUGCGGGAGAUCCAGACCAGCCAAAGAGUGCUGCUAGAGUGCAGACAAGCGAUGGACAAUUUGAAAUCCGAGCAAACUUUGGAUCUGGUGAAGCCGAAGCACAUCACACAGCUGGUGGACAGGCUGAAAAGCCGUUUGACUCCAGCCUGUUGCUCCCUGUACGCCGCCGGAUUCGACCCUGCCAGUGGAGAGCAGACCGAGGGCAUGAAGUGCCUCGAAGAUCUUCGCGAGUCCCAGAGUCUCCUGACGAGUGCCAUGGUCACCGGCCUCUCCGACAACAAGGUGUCUGGCGAGGAGUUGUGGAAGAGUGCUUGCUCUUGCGCGGAAGCUUACAAGCCUCCCAGCAGAGUGGCAGAGAUUGCAGUGCAGCGUGCAGUCGAUGCUGCAGCCUCCGAGAAGCAGUACGAGAGCAUGAUGACUCUGCUGACACCCACCGAUGCCUCGGAUUCGGACAAUCAGGGCGCCUUCAACAUCAACAUCCUCACGGAUGCUGCUGCGAGAGCUCGCUUCCAGGAGCGUGAAGUCAUGCGCCUAUGCUGCAGCCUCUUGGCGGAGGCGGACAAAGUGGCUGACGUGGAGAAGCUUCUGCGUGUGGUCCUGGCGCAGUCCAGCUGUUUGCCUGCCGACUGCGCCAUCAAGGCAGAGUUUGUCAUGCUCCAAAAGCUGCUGAACCCCAUGAAGGAAGAUGUUGCUCUGGACGAUCUCCGCAAAACCGCUUCCCAGUUCAGGGAAGAGAAGAGUUUGAAACUGCACAAGGUUGUCACCUGUUUUCCGACAGGCCUGCUGAUCUUGGAGCGGGUGGGAGCAGCCAUCCUUCAACGGGAGAAAGACCUCCAGAUGCAAACCCUGCUCGACAAGGUGCUCAAUCUGCUGCCAUCGUAUACGCCCCCAAAUGGAGACACUCGCAUUGAGAAGUUGGCAGAGCAGCUUGCAGGCUUGGAAGAGAUCUGGGGCAUCUACCAGCAGGUGGGAUUUGAUCUUCAUAUCUUUUUAUGUGUCGUCGGAUCUGUGUCUACGUGCAGAGUGAAUGAGGGCGCCAGCAAGGAGUUCAAGGAACGCAGCAGUACGCACAUGGAUAGCAUCCAGAAGGUGAUCCAGGACAGCCUGGAAGCGGCCCGGCAAGUCAUGACGACAUCGUGGAAGCAGGCAGCCGCAUCGUGCUUCGAGCUCUUCGUGAACCACGUGAGUGAGCUGACUGCGGGAACUUGCACCACUUUCGAUUCAGAGAAGCUUGCAGAUUUCCGGAAGGCUGUCGAGAAGCUCACUAGCAUUGAAGAGCCGGACACGCUUUUCGGCAAGAUCACGGCCAAAGAAGAUCGCGAAGCGGACCAGGCGCAGUACCGAGAGAUACUCAACCUGGCCAAGAUCAUAGAGCUGACGGUGCAGACGCUCCUGAAUGACGGUGUUAUCGAUGUGGCCCAGGACGAAAACAUGGGUGCCUUGACAUCGGUCCUCGUCAAGCCGUCCGCUGUCAUCAAGGCUCUUCCCCAGUAUGAUGCCUUCUCGCAGGCUGCCACGGAACGCUCUAUGAAUAUCAUCAGCAAAGCGUGCAAAACAAGCCUGCGGCCACUGCUGCAGACCACGGAGGCAAAGACGCUGCUGGCCAUGAUGGCGCACAAGGGUCCUGGCCUCGUGUUCGUUGAGGGUUCGGCUCUCGCAGAGGUCGACAAGACCCUGCUGCAGACUGCUGACAAGCAGUGUGAAAGCUUGGCCAAGGCGAUUCCUGCGUGUGGCGUCGCCCUCGCCACGCCGGUCGUGGGAGCCGAUGGCGAACCAGGUGAUGAUCCCUCCGGUCUUUCUGAUGCGAGUGUGAGACUUUGGAUGGCAUGCUGUUUUCCACGAGCCUUGGCACUUGCCCACGCCUGCCAGGCAUGCUUGUCAAUGCAGUUGCAGGUGCAGAGCAAUGCAUCUGAGAAAGAGAAGUACGAGGAGUUCAUGAAGAGUCUCCUUGCCAUGGAUGGUGAGCGUGCCGAAUUCAAAAGCCGCAGCCACAUUGCGGCUUUCGAGAUCGAGGGCGAGGAGUCGAGGAGGCCUGCGGCCAGCAGAUCCUGUUCUUCACGAAGUUCUCGAAGGUUGUGGACAGCCAAGCGACGAUGGUUGGCACUGCCAUCGCCCAGCGGAUCUCAGAGACGACCGCCGCCCUGUUGGAGGAGCUGA